GAAAUUUUAUGAAAUAAUUAGUAAUAUACUCACUUGGAUCCAAGAAUUUCCGUGUGGUAUAUAGAUUCCACAAUAGAAGCAUCGUAAGGCAUAAACAUGAUGUUUGAUCCACCAGAUUAUCCAUACAGAGAAUUAUCAGAGGUUUAUGAAUCAAACAACUUUUUCAACAAUGAAUCUCAUCAAAUUAUAACUGAAAAUAAAGAUAUGGAUGUCGCUACAACAAGUAACAUCCAAACUCAAUUGUAUUUUAAUACUAAUGACUCCGGAAGAUACUUUAAUGUAGAUAAUGUUUUUCUGCAAGGAAUUGAUGAUAUAACCAUCCCAGGCACUGAGUUUUACGUCGUUGAAUCUGAAAAUACAUUAAAUUAUGAACCAACGUUACUUGAUGAAAGCACAGUUAAUGAAUUUCUUUUGCCGCCUCCUGAAGUUAUUGAAAAAAACACAGCAUGCGAAAUUAUAAAUGAUGUGGAUAACCCAGCAUCCGAUAGUUUGGCUCUACAUUCUUGUUUCGUAUGUCACGAAACAUUUACGACGGACGCAGAUCUUCUCGAUCACACCAUACUUCUGCAUGCUUCCGAUAACUUAGAUGGCAACAAAAAUGUUUCUUUGCCCGUUUUUGAUGAAGAGCCGGUGCAGGUCGUUCCGUGUGAAGAUACAAACAACAACAUAAAUUUCGAAACGGAAUGGCUCAUUUGCCGGGUUUGCGAGCGUGUCUUAUCAACUGCUUUAGAAGUAGAGCCUAACGAACAACUAUGUUGCGUAAACAGCAGUGGGAAAGGCAGCGUCUUAUCAAGAAAACUGUACAGCAUGUACGUUUGUGACGCAUGCAACGGAUUAUUCGCCGAAGGUGACGCUUUGGACAAACAUAAACUCACUUGCUUGGCUGAAUCGAACUAUGAGGCAGAUAUCACGGAGGAAAGCCGUAAUGGGAAUAUUUCGCAAUGUACUCGUACCGAAGUUUGUUUUACCUGUGACAAAUGCAGUAAACAAUUUUCUUCAACGGAGGAUUUGAAAUCGCACGUAGUGAAAUGUCAAAUACCUGAGAUAUCUAGCAAUGCACCGCGUAUUUAUAGAAAUAAUACUAAUAAUAAAAUGUGGAACUGCGGCUCGUGUAACCAACUCUUUGUUACCGCUAGAGAGUUGUAUCGCCACAAGCGCGGCGAGGAUCGCCCCGACGGCGCUCCGAUGACGGCGUACGUCUGCGAAGAGUGUGACAAGAUACUCGGCAGCAUGUGCGCUCUGCACACACAUAAGAAAAUGCAUAAAGUUAUCAAGCCAGGCUACCCAUGUCGGAUUUGUGGACGUCGAUUCAAUCAGUCUGGACAUUUAGCUAUACACAUGAGGAUGCAUACUGGAGAACGGCCGUAUCCUUGCGAUCUAUGCCCUAAAGCUUUUAAAGUAAAGGUGGAGCGCGACGACCACCGCCGGACCCACACGGGCGAGCGUCCCUUCGCGUGCGCCGCCUGCCCUAAGACGUUCACCGCCGCGGCACGCUUGCGUGAACACGCACGCAUUCACACAGACCAAAGACCAUACCGGUGUGAAAUUUGUGGAGCAGCGUUCCGAAGACCUUACGCGCGAACUGUCCACACGCUCAUCCACACGGGAGAGAAGCCGCACGAGUGCGAUGUAUGUGGCACCGCGUUCAGACGCUCGGGUGACAUGUGGAAACAUAAGAGAACAUUACACGGAGUUCAAGCGAAUUGAAACUGAGUUGAUCUGAAUGUGAUGCGGUUUAAAGCAAUGUUACUUUUUGUCGCACUGGUGGGUACAGGGUGGGACUGUGUCUUCAAUAAACCUGAGGAAAUGUUA